AUGGGAUCCAGCUGGCCUACUACUAAUAUAAUCCCUCCACCACUGCUUAGCAGAGCCAGUGAUCUGCUAUACCAGCGUCUGAGGCUGGGUUCAUCUUCUAGACCUGUAGUUCGUGGAGGGCAUUUUGGUCAUUCAGGUUCCUCUCAUCAGCCUGCGUCUCGUAGGGGCUGUUUUGAGUGUGGUGAUAUGGGACACUUUGUGAGAGACUGCCCUAGGACCAGACGUGGUGGCUUACAUCAGGGUUCUCAGGCUUCGACUUCCAGGGCUGCACAACCUCCAGCUAGGGGUGGUGCACAGAAUGGUAGAGGUGGUUCUCAUUCAGGUAGAGGUGGUUCUCCUUCUGGUCGAGGCUUUUGCACACCUCAACUAACUCCACAAGAUACCUAUCGUCGCACCAGUAAUAAAAAACAUAUGAGAGCUGGUCAAACCUGA